GUUUUCUCGAUUGUCAGUGUCAAGUCAAGAAAAUCUUAUCGUUUUCAUUACUAUUUAAUUCUUUUGAUUUGUAAAUAAAUAUGCAGUUAAUACAAGAUUAACUAUCUUUAAUCUACUUUUCGAACUAUUAUUGUACUAUACUCACUGUGCUAUCUUUUAAAUAUCACAGUGAAUUUGUUUAAACCUAAUACCGAUCUUCCCUUAACAAAAAGCAUUACUCAAAAAUGAGUAACUCUGCAAUAGAUAAUACUUGGACUAAAGAUUUAAGAGAAACCCUCAAUGACAAACGCAAAGCGACGAAAGAAAGGAUAUUGUCACAGUCUGACAGCAGCAGAGAAAAUUCACGCAGUAGGAAAAGGGCAAAACCCAAUGAGAAAACAGGCGCUGAAACAAGAGCAAGUAAACCAAAGAAGCCUGUUGAAUUAGAGACUGACCCAUUAAUGUUGCAAAGAAGACAGAAACAAAUUGACUACGGAAAAAACACAACUGGCUACCAUAACUAUUUGCAGCAAGUACCUUUAGACAAGCGCACUAAGGAUGAUCCAAAAACCCCUGAUAAAUAUUCAAAGUACAGUCGCCGGUCAUGGGACCAAUUGAUCAAGAUAUGGAGGUUGAAGUUACAUGAGUAUGAUACUGACGGAGCAAAGUCAAACACUGGGUCCAACUCUGGCUCUGUUGCUGGUUCAGCUACUUAUUCUGAUGAGGAAGAAGAGGGUGAUAAUGAUGAGCAAUAGAUAUUUUAGUUGUACAUAAUUAGAUUAAUUAGGCAUAGGAGUUCUUACAACACCAUAAUUAUUCUGCAAGACAUGACAUCAUAAUUUUUCUACAAGACAUGCUGUUGAAAUUCAGGAUAUAUUCCCAUUUGUCCCUGUAUGGAGUGGGGACUAAUGGGAAUACACCAAAUUCAGGUGCAUCCAAAUCUGGCUCUUGCACUGCACACAGCACUAGUAGCAUUUUGUCAGAUCUGGUUGCACCUUCAAUAUUAAAAAUGCAUCUAUAUGUCUCAAAACUAUUACUGUGAUGUCAUAUCAUUGUUUCAUCGCUAUAGCUAAUCAUAAUUUAAUUAUGUUUGGACUAUCUAGAGGUGUUUAUUGUUUAUGCACACAAUAUUGUUCUGCUUAUAUUACAGGAUAAGCAGGACUUUAUUUUUGGUUGAUGCCAUUACCAUAAAUUAAUUAUACACCUCUUACAAAAGCAAGCAAGAGUGAACAGAACAUUACUAUUACAUUUUGAAGGGGGGAAAACAAUGACAGACCAUUUUAGCAUUGUAAGUUACAAAAUAUUUUUUUAAUUUUGCAUUAAUUUUAGUAAACUAUUUGGAUUAAUCUAUUUCGUGAAUAGGUUAACUAAAUAAAUUAAAAAAAUGGGCUCUGAUUGUUUGUCUCUAUUAAUUAAGUUAUUCAAUAUUAUUAACAUAUUUUUUGUAACAAUUAGGUGCAUUUAUACAACUUCAUAUCUUGCGAAUAUUGCACAGAAAAAUGAAAAUUUUGAUGACCUAAGGAAGAUAUUAGGGGUAGGGCACAUUACUUGGUUAUUGGCUCUAACAUCAAAAUAUAGUUUUUUCUAGUGUCCGACCAGAACCAGAUUGAUUGCCGAAACGUGAGGGUUCGGAGUUUAGAUCGAAACCAAAACUUUGUUUGGACAUUAUUUUAUUCUAUGUUUAUUCUACCUGUGUUUGACAGAUUUUCAGAUCUGUAGCUCUGAAUACAGUAACAUAUACCAAUCAUUAUAAGUGCCUACAAUGGCUAUAAUGCUAUUUACCGUAUUAGUAAGCUAUAUGUAUUUGAUAUGACUGAUAAUGUAUGUUUCAUAAGAAUUAGUUAAAUUUGAUAAAAAAAAAAUUUAAUCCAUUUGAUUAAAAAAAAUUGUGUUUUUCUUGGAAGCAAAACUUGUUUGUUUUUCAUGCAUAGUUAGAUUUUGGAAUAUUUCGCUUGCUCAAGUCUUAACUUAAGCAUGAGGAGUAAACAACCAUUUGCUUCCUUGCAUAAUGAAAAAAACUUUACCAUGGGUACAUGGUAACAAAGUGGAUGAACCACUUGAAUAAUGAUCGUGUUAUUAGUUAUGCUAAUUAUGCUACUGAAUGAUGAUUUUUGUAUUGUCAUAUGCCCUAACUACUUGAAGUAUUCACAUAUUAUUUGUGGUAUUAAAAUGAUGUUAAAAUAUGUUCUAAUAAAACAAAUUAUGCAAUUAA